CUAUGACCCAUUUCCACAUUUUUCUUUGCAAUAUUAUGAGUAUAAAAGUGGUAGGUACUUAAACUGAAAUAAUCAUUCUAGCUUCUAUUAAAGAAGAAAACACAUUCAAAAUGUCCCGCUUUGCUGUUCUUCUAUUGUGCGUUCAGGCUUUCCUGAUCCAGACUGCUUUUAGCCAGCAGUGUGGUUGCAAUCAAAACUACGGUCAGUACAGUUCCACAGUGAGCGCACCCAUCAGCUACGCCACGUCGUACGGCGGCUCGGGCACCGGGCAGGUCGGCGUGUCCGGCAACAUCGACGCGAGCGGCCAGACCGUCGUCGUCGGCUCCGUGCCCGUGCUCGGCUCCGUCGACUUCGGUGGCAAGGUGGCUGCGUCCGGCUCCGUGGCCAUAUCCGGACAGUGCGGAUGCGGUUGCAAGGCUUAAUUAUUUCUUGACAAAGAUCUGAUGCAGACGCUGGGAUAUUUUUUAUAAUAAAAUUUUAUAA